AAUUAACUUGAAUUUUUGCACAUAUACAAAUCUAGGGUAUUGUAUAAACUUAUACAAGGAUAUUUGGAAGUACUAUGUAAUGGUACUUGAUACGUAUUAGAAUGCUUAAUCUAAUAGUUAACAAACACUUUCAUUUUUUAUGGAAGUUACAAGGCGAAAAGGGAACUAUUGAAGAAUUUAUGAGUGAACCCCAAAAAAUGGGUGCAAUUUACUGGGGACUUGGAAGUAUGGAGAUCAUUUCUAAAACUCUAGAUGAGGAUGAUCUUGAUGCUUUUUGUAAGCAGAAAAGGGGGGUAUUAGAGUUUAUUAUGAGCUGUCAAGUUGAAAUAGGUAACUACAAUGGUAUGAUUGGUUUUAGCCCAAAUAUUGGAUAUGAACCCACUAUUGUCUCUACGCACUAUGCAAUACUAUGUUUGUGCAUAUUAGGAGAGACACAUUUGAUUGACAGUGAGAGUGUAUCAACGUGGAUUGCUUCACUACAAAAUGCUGACGGAUCUUUUAGGGGAGAUAUGUAUGGUGAAUGUGAUACUAGAUUUAGUUAUUGUGCACUAUCUAGUUUAACUAUUUUAAAUAAGCUUGACAAGAUCCAUUUGGAAAGAUGUCUCAAUUUCCUCUUACGUUGCUAUAACCUUGAUGGUGCCUUCGGUUCAAUACCAUGUUCUGAGUCUCAUGCAGCAUACACAUUUUGCUGUGUUGCAUCUUUGGCUUUAUUAAACGCUUUACAUUACAUAGAUAUUGAAAAGCUUGCUUUUUGGCUCUGUGAAAGGCAACUCGCUUGUGGAGGUUUUAAUGGUAGGCCCGAAAAGGCUCCGGAUGUUUGCUACUCUUGGUGGAUCUACUCAGUCUUAUUUAUUAUUGGUAAGACGCAUUAUAUUAAUAAGCUAGCUCUUGAAAAAUACAUUUUAAAUGCCCAAGAUAUUGAAGAAGGUGGUAUUUCCGAUAGACCUGGGGAUAUUUCCGAUGUUUUUCACACUUUUUUCGGGCUAUCAGCACUAUCCAUUAUACAAAAAAAAGCAAACCUUAAAAAAAUUGAUCCUAUCUUUGCAAUUCCCUCCGUUUGCAUUCAGAAUCUGAAUAUAACCUAUUUAAGGAUUGAAUCAGAAGAUGAAUUUAUUGAAGAUCCCCUCUAUUAGGAUAUGAACCUGAUAUUACGGUAAAUAUACCCAAUAUAAAUAGUUC